UUUUUUUUAUUUUAUCCGAUUCCUAGUUUGGAUCUCCUUUUUGUAGAUUAUAGAUUGUACUAGUUUAAAAUAUCGCUUUGUGAGUUUGUUUUUGUACGUUACAACUGAUGGGGGUAACUUUAGUCUUUUUUUAUCGGAUUAGAUUUCCGUAAUUAGGUUGUUAUCUUUGUGAGCUUGUUAGGGUUUACUUGUAUUAGAUGUGUUCCGUUUGCAAAUACAAAUGGUUAAUUACAUCUACUUGUUGCUAAUCCAUUUAUAAUUAGGGCAGGUUAAUUAUCCACAAUUGUCUUAAACCAAACUAGUGGUAGGGAGGAGAGAAACGUACGACCAAGUCAACCAUCAGAUUAAGAGAAUAGGAUAAUGACACGUGUCAACUCAGGAGCUACUGUACGGCCAUCGUUAAAACGGUAUUAUAGGUUAAUUUGGCUGGUCCUAAUUAUGCAAUUAAUCCAAAACCUCUAAUGCUAAUCCCACACCCCUCCUCACCAAAAAUAAGGAAACUUCUUCUUUCGUCCAUAUCUUGGUGACAGCUUCUGCUUUUGUCACCUCCUCCUCCUUACGCACAAUGUGGAUGCAGAGGAGGUUGCACAAGCCCGAAACCCCCAUCCAAAAGCACUUUUAAGAAAAGCACACUUCGAUUUAAUUUAGCUUACCUGUUAUACGCAUUUGGUUUCAACUUUAAGUGCUUUUCUGUAUUUUCACCAACAUUAGAGAGAGAAAGAAAUCCCCAUAGAAAAGCAGUUUUUAAGAAAAGCACCUUUGAUUAUACAUAAGAUCGAGGCAAGAUGAACGACUUAUUUUCGAGCUCGUUUAAGAAGUACACGGACCUGAACCAGCAGGCCUACCUCGACGACAUGGAGGCCGGCAAGGAAAGUGUUAACCUCGACAAGUUCUUCGAAGACGUGGAGAAAGUGAAGGAGGACAUGAGGCAGGUCGAGAGGCUGUACAAGCAGCUGCAGGACGCCAAUGAGGAGAGCAAGACCGUGCACAAUGCGAAAACUAUGAAGGAGCUCCGGACUCGAAUGGACUUGGACGUCGAGCAGGUCCUCAAAAGGGUCAAAAUCAUCAAGGGAAAGCUCGAAGGUUUAGAGCGUUCGAACGCAGCGCACAGGAACCUUCCCGGGUGCGGCCCUGGAUCCUCUGCUGAUCGAACGAGGACCUCGGUGGUUAGUGGCUUGGGGAAGAAGUUAAAGGACAUGAUGGAUGACUUUCAAGGGUUGAGAGCCAGGAUGACAGCCGAGUACAAGGAAACAAUAGAACGCAGGUAUUUCACAAUCACCGGAGAGAAAGCGAGCGAGGAUACCAUCGAAACUUUGAUUUCAAGCGGAGAGAGUGAGAGUUUUCUGCAGAAGGCAAUUCAGGAGCAGGGGAGAGGUCAGAUUAUGGACACCAUAUCCGAAAUGCAAGAGAGACACGAUGCUGUGAAGGAGAUCGAGAAGAAUUUGAUCGAGCUGCAUCAGGUAUUCUUGGACAUGGCGGCCCUGGUCGAAGCUCAGGGCCAUCAGCUCAACGACAUUGAGAGCCACGUCAUGCACGCGAGUUCUUUUGUGAGACGCGGCACUGAAAACCUUCAGGUAGCCAAAGAACAGCAGAAGAAAUCAAGGAAGUGGACAUGCAUUGCAAUAAUUCUUGGAAUAGUCCUCAUCAUUCUCAUCCUAAUUCCAAUUAUAUUACAAGUUUUGCCUCAUAUGAAAUAGAAAGAGGGAGAUGGGGGAGACUUUGUUCAUAGUUAGAUCUUACGGCGAGUUCAGAAGGAAAGAAAAAAGACUGGCGAUUUUGGCGCUCCUCUUUUGGUCUUCUGCACAUUCAUUUUGCAGUGCAUACGGCUAAAAGUAGAGCGCCACAAUCCCUACGCAAGAAAAUAGAACCGUUUGUUCUCGAGGGGUGCGGUUUCAUGUCUCUCACGCACACAAUUGUGACACAAAAGUAGCAAAACUUAGAAAUGGAAGUUCAGGUUCAUUCACAUUUGGGCAUCCUCUAAGCUUUUAAAUCUCUCGGGGCAACGGGACCGAAAUGGCAGAUGGUAAAUGCAUGGAAUUCUCAUGAAGUAACGAAUUAGACAUUUAUUUGUAACCAAUUUUAUUCUCAUUUUAUGAAUGACAUUGCAUUUU